UGCAGGCCCCAGAGGCGCGACCCGGCCCUGCCCGACCCUGCAACUGCGCUCCCCUUCUCUAACGCCAGGGUUCCCAGCCUCGGGCUCUGUUUGCAGACACCUGGGGAGCUUUUUAAUGCUGAUGAUGGGACCCUCGCGACCCGAAAUUCUUAUUUAGUAAUCCAGGCUGCAGCCUGGGCCUGGGAAACUUUAACCCUAUGAGAAAUCCUGGCGCGCACGUCCAGUCUCCACGACGGCGUUUCCAGCUUACCAAAUCUGCCCCCGGGGACAGGAAGACACGCGCGGGCGAGUGGGCGGCCCCACCCCGCGCAGGGGCGGCAGCGCCGUCCCGCCCAAGGGCUCGGGCCCCAGCUGGCGCCCGGAAUAAACACCUGAACCUCGCCGAGCUGCGAGCCAGGACGCGGUGCCUGGGGCGGACGAGGCCAGCUUCUCGGCGGGCAGCUGCGACAGCGUUUCCGGGGUGUCAUCCAGAACAUGUCUUCCAACUGGCAGUCAGCAAAGAAAUUGCUCAUUUUCUUAGCAAAGUCGCUGCUCACUCUCCUGGAGGCCGUGGUCUUCACCCUGCUCCCCAAGCCGCGGAAGAGCGUUGCCGGCGAGGUAGUGCUGAUCACAGGCGCGGGCAGCGGCCUCGGGAGGCUCUUGGCCUUGCGGUUUGCCCGCCUGGGAUCUGUGCUUGUCCUCUGGGAUGUCAAUAGGGAAGGCAAUGAGGAGACAAGCAAGAUGGCUCAGGAAGCUGGAGCCACAAGAGUGCAUGCCUAUACCUGUGACUGCAGUCAAAGGGAAGAAGUAUAUAGAGUGGCCAAUCAGGUUAAAAAAGAAGUUGGCGAUGUUUCCAUCCUAAUCAACAAUGCUGGAAUCGUAACAGGCAAAAAGUUCCUCGACUGCCCAGAUGAACUUAUGGAAAAGUCAUUCGAUGUGAAUUUCAAAGCACAUUUAUGGACUUAUAAAGCCUUUCUCCCUGCUAUGAUUGCUAAUGACCAUGGACAUUUAGUUUGCAUUUCAAGUUCAGCUGGAUUAGUUGGAGUAAAUAUGCUGGCAGAUUAUUGUGCAAGUAAAUUUGCAGCCUUUGGAUUUGCUGAAUCUGUAUUUAUAGAAACAUUUGCUCAAAAACAAAAGGGAAUCAAAACCACAAUUGUGUGCCCAUUUUUUAUAAAAACUGGAAUGUUUGAAGGUUGUACUACUGGCUGUCCUUCUCUGUUGCCGAUUCUGGACCCAGAAUAUGCAGUCAGAAAAAUAGUGGAUGCUAUUCUGCAAGAACAGCUGUACUUGUACUUGCCAAAGUUUUUAUACUUCAUAGUGUUUUUAAAAAGCUUCUUGCCGGUCAAGACAGGACUGCUCAUAGCUGACUAUCUGGGCAUCUUUCAUGUAAUGGAUGGUUUCUCGGGCCAAAAGAAGAAACAAUAAAGACCAACUCUAAGGCUGAUGUCAUCUGAUACUUGAAGUUACACAUGCCUGUUUCAAUGAAGAAAAGUAUUUUUGUCCAACAGUAGAAUAUAUCUAGGGUCCACAAGUACCAUUCUUAUUGUUAUCUGUACUAGAAUUUUCAACCAAUACUUUUAAAAAUAAUGUUGCUAUCACCUUUUAUGUUGAUUUUUGAUUUUUGGUUUUUUCCCCCCAAAAAAGGAGACCCAUUGUUGUCAUUUCCAUUA